GCGGGGCGCGGGCGGGGCCGCCCCUUCCUGCCGGCGGCGAGCGCGGGGGCCAUGGAGCUCAGCCACUCGGUGAAGGAGCGCACCAUCGCCGAGAACAGCCUGGUGAUCCUGCUGCAGGGCCUGCGCGGCCGCCGCACCACCGUGGAGCUGCGCGACGAGAGCGCGGCCACCGGGCUCGUCACCAACGUGGACGCCUUCAUGAACGUGCGGCUGGCCGGGGUCACCUUCACGGACAGGCAGGGCACCGUGUCCCAGCUGGACGAGCUCUUCGUCACCGGCAGGAACGUCCGCUACGUCCACAUCCCCGACGAGGUGGACAUCAGGGCCACCAUCGAGCAGCAGCUGCAGGCCAUCCACAGGAUCCGCUACUUCGGGGGCCGCGACAAGGGCCGGAGGGAGUUCCCCAGUGCCAAGUACAAGUGAGCUCCAGCUCUGCCCAGAGCUGGGCUGGACCUGCCCGCUGACCCCUGCCAGCUGCUCCGCGCCUCGCCCGGACAUCCCGCCCUAGGACUGGGGCUCUGCUGCUCCCGACAGUGCCCGCCGGGGAGCAGAGUUGGUUUUUGUAAUUAAUAACCCCGCUUUAAAGGGUCUGUGA